AUGGCGGAACGUAAAGUUAUCAACAAGUAUUAUCCACCGACUUUUGAUCCUAAACUCAUUCCGAGGAGGAAAAUUGCAACCACCAAUCAAGUCAAAAUCCGAAUGAUGUUACCCAUGACCAUUCAAUGUACUGUAUGUGGAGAGUUUAUGUAUCAAGGAAAGAAAUUUAACUCUCGAAAAGAGACAGUUCACGGUGAAGAUUAUUUAGGUUUGAGAGUUUUUAGAUUUUAUAUUCGAUGUACAAGAUGUGCGAGCGAAGUGACUUUUAAAACAGACCCAAAAAAUAGUGAUUACGUUGCUGAACAUAAUUGUGUUCGAUCGUAUCCAUCUCAUGCUCGUGUUCAUGAAGAUAUCAAUGCUCAACUUUACGAUCAUGGUGAGGAUGCCAUGAAAAAAUUGGAAAACAAAACUCUAGAUUCGAAACAAGAAAUUGAAGAUUUGGAUAUUUUGGAUUCUAUUAAAACUAUCAAACAACUACAUAACAAGAUAUCUGCGGAUUCUUUACUUGAAAAAUUACAAAUUGAACAAUUGGAGGAAGAGGAAGCAAGAGCGACCACUGAACAUGAAUUUAAUGAGGACGAAUUGAGAGAAAUUCAAGAAUUUUCUAGAAGUCAUAAGCGAGUACAGCUUGAGGAUGAAGAUGACUUGGAAGAUGGCGUUCCAUCGUCUAAACAAAACAAUGAAAUCAGUAAGGCAGCACCAGAAGCAAGCUCAUCAUCGACUGAACCCUCUUCGACGAAAAAAGUGACGAUAGUACCAACGGCUCUCCAGUGCGCUCUCGUCAGAAGAAAAAAUAGAUGCAAACCUCAAAAAGAGAGAUAG